AUGUCAUAUACGUCGUGAAAGUUUCCCAUCUUUAGAUCUAAAGAUAUAGCUAAUUGUGCUACAACUGGAUUUAGCUGAAACAAAACGUAUGAAAGUGGUGCUUUGUAUCCCCCCGAGGUUGAUCGGUGUCCCCUUCCUCCUAGGAUUAGCACGUGAACAUGCCUUAUAAGAAUGGGGGUUAGCCGUCACACCAAGUUUUUUAUUGGAGUAAUCUAUUUAUCUUAUUGUGUGUACGGUAAUUUUCUGGCCCUUUCAUCAGUGGUGGCUCUUGGAGCCAAUAUCAUCUGCAACAAAAUACCCGGUAUGGCACCAAAACAGAGAGCCAUCUGUAGAAGCAGACCUGAUGCCAUCGUUUCUAUAGGGGAAGGUGCAAAAUUAGGUCUCACGGAAUGUCAGUACCAGUUUAGACUAAUGCGAUGGAAUUGUUCAACACUUGACUCAAACGACUCAAUGUUCGGUUAUGAGUCGCUCGGAGGAACAAAAGAAGCUGCUUUUAUAUACGCCAUUACGUCGGCAGGUGUAAGUUAUGCUAUAACCCAAUCAUGUGGAUUGGGCAGUUUACCAAAUUGUGGUUGUGAUAGAGAUAAGGGGGAUGGGAAAUUAGCCCCACAGGGCUGGAAGUGGGGUGGUUGUAGUGCGGACAUUAAAUAUGGAUUACGUUUAGCCAGAAAAUUCAUGGAUGCAAGAGAAAUAGCAGAAAAUGCCAGAUCACUGAUGAAUUUACAUAAUAACAGAGCCGGAAGAAAGGCAGUCAAAGAUAACAUGGGAACAGACUGCAAGUGUCAUGGUGUUUCCGGUUCCUGCACAAUGAAAACGUGUUGGACAACAUUACCCCCCUUUAGAGAAAUCGGAGACUCUUUAAAACUUAGGUACAAAAGAUCAAAAAUAGUGGUGCCGUAUUUAGGACGCCGUGCACGAACGGCUGUAUCAUUAAUGUUGGACCGUGCUAAAAGACGUCACCGGAAACCGAGGCGUAGCCAUCUUGUGUUUUUGGAUAAAUCUCCGAAUUAUUGUGACUAUGAUCCUAAAACUGGAUCGCUUGGUACAGUGGGUAGAAAAUGUAAUCGGACAACAAGAGACACCGAUGGAUGUGACUUAAUGUGUUGUGGGAGGGGCUAUAAUACACAUCAAUUCACACGCACGUGGCAAUGCAACUGUAAAUUUCAUUGGUGUUGCUAUGUAAACUGUAAUAAAUGUAGUGAACGGACAGAAGAGUAUACGUGUAAAUGAUUAUCUGAUUAAUAGAUUCUGUGAAUAUCUGAGAAUGUAGAAUUGAGUUAUGUCCCCUUAUGUUUAGUCUGUGUAUUUAAAAAAAUCAAUGUAAAUAGCGGCACAUGAUUCAUGAUGUUGAAUAUUAUUAUAUACCGUAUGCAAUAUGAUUAUUUAUUUAAAGUUAUUUUAUGUCUAAUAGAGAGGAACGUUGUAGAUACAUAGAUAAACUAUAUUUUUAAGGUCUUUCUAGAAUAGACCUUGAACUUGAUAAAGGUGAAUGUCAUAUUUUACCAUAGAAACGGUUGCUAUGGUUUCGAAUGGAUAUUGUGUGUUGUCAUGGAGAUACUUGUUUUGUUUAUCUGGACGUAUUCAAGAGAUCUGGUAGUGCUAAUGCUUAUAAGCAACACCGAGCGCAAGCUAUAUAUGUGAAGUAGAAAAUUGAAUUAAUUGUAAUAGCUCAUAAUAUUAAUUUUUCGCAUUCUCCGAUCCACAACUAAUGUAAUUUUGUGAUAGACUAACAGCAUGAGAUUCUCAAUCACUUAGUGAUGGAAACCUUGCGGCACUUCACUACAGAAACAUAUCAACCUUAAAGGCAUUUAUAGAAGAGUAAAUGUGGGUCGAUUUAAUGGGCGAUUAAAUUUUAAAAAAUAAAUAAAAUUUAAUAGAUACCA